ACCAGCUGAUCAGAGCUGUGGUAUUCUGCCACAGAGGCAAAGAGAAGGAGGAGAGAGAUUGUGACUGGGGAAAAUAAGAGAAGAGAACGCAGAUGAAGUCUUUUUAAGAAAACACAAAAAGAAGAUUGGAAAAAGAUUCAUCUACUCCCUUUCAUGGGAAACUCAUGCGAAGAGAGGAGCUCUGUGGGAAGAUGUGAGAGCAGUUGGCAGCUGGGUGGAAAUCUGAGGAGGAAACACACAGAAAAGGACAACCAGUACAGAGCUGGAUAAACAACCCAUCAGUGAGUCGACAGAGGGCUGAGGAUCCCACCCAGAGGACAGAGGAGUGAUGUCUUGGCUGUCACCUGUGUCAUGGGCCAAAUGGACGUGGACGGCGGUGCGAGGGGGAGAAGAGGAGGAUGAAGAGGGGAGGGAGGCCAGCGAGGAGAGCCAGCAACGUGGAGAGAGAGGGGAGGAAAAGGAGGAGGAUGAGAGAUCUCAAGGCUUCAGCUCUGACUCAGAGUGUAAUUUUGGCACCCCUGAAGCUGCAACCCCUGUCCACGUGCCUUCAACCAACCUGGGAGAGCUGGAGAACAACAACACUGAUGCAGAGAAAACAGACUUGGAUCAGGACGAGCACCUGAUGGUGACCGCUCCUGUCGAGGAUCACAACAGUUUUCUUAAACACAACAUGGGUCAGGAUGAGCCUGUGGUCCCUAUGGGGGGCCCACUGGAAAUAAACAAGCAGACACUAGAAGCAGAAAAAACAGAUGCUCUGUGCUCCAUGCUUGUCACUGAUUUCUCCUCAGUAAAGGAAACUCCUCAGUUGGCUGAAUGCACAGUGCCUUCCUCUGAGGCAUCCCUGGACCCAGAACCCAUCCUGCAUACAGACCCUGUCAUUGAUCUAGCUCCUACCCCAAUAUCAGCCCCAGCCCCAGCUCCUGCCCCAGUCUCAGCCCCAGCUCCUUUCCCAAUCUUAGCCCCAGCUCCCCCAGCUCCUGCCCCAAUCUCAGCCCCAGCCCCAGCUCCUGUCCCAAUCUUAGCUCCAGCUCCUGCCCCAAUCUUAGCCCCAGCUCCUGCUCCAUUCUCAGCCCCAGCACCAGACCCAGACUCAGUGCAGAGCAGUGAACCAGCACUCAACCAAACUCUGGAGCCCCCUGAGGAAAAACCUUUCCCUGUUUCAGAACCAGAGUGCAAUGGCCUCCCCAAACAAAUGGAGCCAAUUCAAAAGACUAAAACCAGCAAAUCUAAGCCUCCGUCUCUGAAAAUGAAGGCUUCAUUGGACGAGCUUGGACAAUCAAAUGAGGAACAAGAACUUUCUGUUCCCAAGGCCACAUACAACUUUGACCCUGACCAGCUGGAUAUGAGCUUUAACCCCUUUACCAGCGGUGGAUCAAAAAUCCAAAACUCUCCUCCCCCAUGCAGUUCAAACUCUCUACCGAGACUUGAGCCACCUGGUAGCUCAUUUCCUGUUUGCGAAGCCAACUCAGCAGCAGAAGCACAGAUGAUGGAGCCCUCAUCUGAGACCAAACCUGUCAUACUGGAGUUUGGUCUGGAUGAGGGGCCAGUUAGCAAACCACCUCCGAGGAAAUUAGGUGGAAAAAAGACAAUCAGUAGACUCACAGCUAAGAAGCAGAGGCCCAAAAGACAAGAGGCUUCCAGCAAACCUGCACCAGAAGCCACAGAGUCAGAACCAGUAUCUAAACCAGAACCAGAAUUCGAACCAAUUUCCCAGGAAAUAUCAGAACCUGUUUCAGAUCCUCUCCCAGAAACCUCUUUGCCAGUUUCAGACUCUUCCGCUCCUCUGAACCUUGACGACAUUCCUAUUCCUAAAACAGGAACAUACAACUUUGAUCCCAGCCAGUGGGAUGACCCGAACUUCAAUCCGUUUGGUAGUAACAGCAACACGAGCAGCUCUCCUGUGCUGCCUAAGGGCUCUUACAGCUUCGACCCAGACAAAUUUGAUGACUCUGUGGACCCUUUCAAAUCCUCCAAAAGCCUGAGCACAGAGGAAUCAUCCAGUAGUGCCACUCAGCCAGAGAAGAAAGUGAAUGACGGAGUAAAACAGAAAGCUGGGCAAUUGCCUGGUGAGAAGAAAGUGAGGCAGAUGCCCAAGAAAAGCAAAGAGAGGAAUUCCUGUAAAGUACAGAAAUAUGAUGAAAGCCAGUCCCUGGUGCUUGAUGUGUGUAAUCAGGGGGAAGACGAGGUGGUGGUUCAGACCCCGGAGAUCACUCAGCGGGUUCAUCAUGCCACUGAUGAGGAGAAGUUGGCCUCCAAUGGCAUCAUGGGAGAGACAACGGAGAGCCAGAAGGAGAAGGGAGAACCUGAAUGCAAUAAAGCACCAGUGAAACAGCCAAUCAAUGAAAUAUCUGUUAUGGAUGGCCCUGAGUCAAAGAUUUCAGAUCAGCAGGAGGAGAAGGACCUCUGCAGCCUGAAGGAAGAUAUAGGUGAGAUAUGCAUGAACACAACUCUGAAGAUUACCAGCAAAGAUGCCACAGACCCAGGAGCCUUGAGCCAGGACAACAUAGCACUGAGUGAGAUGGACAAGGCUGCAGUUCUCACCCUGAUCAGAGAAGAGAUCAUCACUAAAGAGAUUGAGGUCAACGAGUGGAAGAGAAAGUGUGAGGAAAGCAGAGCUGAGGUUUUUGAGAUGAGGAAAAUAGUUGCAGAGUAUGAGAAGACAGUUGCACAGAUGAUUGAGGAUGAGCAGCAGCAGAAGACACUGUCCUGCAGUAAGUCAGUGAGGCAGCUGACCUUAGAGAGAGAUCAGGCUCUCGCUGACCUCAACUCAGUGGAGCGCUCCUUCGCUGACCUCUUCAGGAGGUAUGAGUCCUUGAAGGGAGUCCUGGAGGGCUUCAAGAAGAAUGAGGAGGUGCUGAAGAAGUGUGCACAGGACUACCUGAUGAGGAUCAAGCAGGAGGAGCAGCGGUACCAGACUCUCAAGGUUCAUGCUGAGGAGAAACUGGACAAGGCGAAUGAAGAGAUAGCCCAGGUGCGAGCCAAGGCCAACACUGAGGGCGUGGCUCUGAACGCCAGCCUGAGGAUGGAGCAGAUGAAGGUGGAGUCACUUGAAAGAGCUGUGCUUCAAAAGAACCAAGAGAUCGAGGAGCUCACCAAGAUCUGCGAUGAACUGAUCGCCAAAAUGGGAACAGACUGAUACAUGUGCCUACAUGUGAUGUAAAUUCUGUACAUGAACACAUCUCAGUGUUCUCUUUGUCAGCUCAUGUUUAAAAAGUAGAUAUUAUUGAAAUACAGGUUGAGAGAUGGUUGCACUUUCUCGUGAUUGAUUGAUUGAAAUAUAAAAGCAGAAAUAUGUCAUUGUGUAAUUUAAGAAGCACAAAGUUAUCAAGAUUAUUUUAAUUAUAUUGAAGGAAAAGUCAAGUGAUUAUAUUCCUGCUAUGAUUUAUUGAUUUUUUUAGGAUUGAAUUAAUAAUGUUGAGGUUAAAUGAUUAUUCGUGAUGAUUUUCAUCUUUCUUCUUCUUUUUCAACAUCAUUUAAUCAAACUUGUUUCACACAAAGCUGUAGAAAAUAAUGAGGAAACUAAGAGAAAGAAAACAUUUGAAUGUUGAAUCUGAUAGAGGAAGAACAAAUGAUCAAAGUAUUAAGUUUAACAUUUGCUGGUAUAUCAUUUACGAUACAUAUAGUUUUGCUCUGCUGUUUAUUUUCUAUCAUCUGUAAAUGAGCUGGAAGUAAUAUUACAGAUAUUUUCAUAAGUUGCAUUUUUCAUUUUAUCAUUAUUGUCUCACAGAUUUUGAAGUCAAACCACAAUAUUUUUACAUCUUGUAGAUUUUACCCCUUUACAUCUCUGGGAUUGUUAAAUUUCAGGAGCACUUAUGAAGCUCAAACUUUUCACUCAGUUAUAUAAUAUCUUCAUUUGAUGGGAGUUUGAUGAUGGGUGAAGAUGAAAGUUUUAAGCAGUAAAACUUUGCUUAUUAUACUUAAUAAUGAACCAUGUGCCAAGAUUCAUUUUCUCGCACUCUGCAUUCAAGUGUGGAAAAGCACAGUCUGAUGAUGCCAUGUAGAUAUAUUUGGAUCGUAUUCAUAUUGUAUGUGUGAGUUCACAUGUUGCUGGUGUGCCUUUAUUUUGUUUAUUAUGAAAAAGAAAAUUUGUCCCACCUCAUUGUUUCUAAAGUCUGUUGCCAAAAUGUAUAUUUCUAUGACUAAAGUACAACAGUGAGCAGCAUGGGUUUACAGUUAUAAUGUUUUACCUGCAGUUAAAAAACAAUGAUUCAUGUGUGCACAAGAUGGACCACAUUACUUUUAUGGUCAAGGUCUGUGAUGUGGGGGCAGAUUAUGAACAUAUCUCAGAUAUCACUCAGACAUGUAUCAUAUAUAAAAGACAGGUUUUUGUAUAGAGACCUUAUUUCACGUCAGCACAAUCAGUUGCCAAAUGUCUGUAUAUGUAAACCGAGAUGGGUUUCAGUGUGACCUUGUCCAGUUGUGUUGGUGUUACAGUGAAGGUGCUUUUCAAUGCAAACCCAUUGUCACAUUACAAUAUGCGUGAAUUUUAUACUUUAUGAAAAGAGUAUUCUGAAUUUCCAUUGCUAAUAUUUGUAGACUUGACGAAUUAUUAAGAAUAUACUCAGAUUAUUUUGUGCAUUCCUGAAUAAAUGGUUUAAAAGA